AGAAUAGAAUUUAUAAACAAAUGAAUUUAUAAACAAACUUAAUUUCUAGCUUACUGAUUCGCAUUGCAUCGUGCAAUAUGGCGGACUAGUGGUGGUCGUGGCGGUGCGUUGUCGUUCUGUAGUGACUGUCUGUGAUUUUAGAGGAACGUGCAUUAACUUCCACGAAUCUUAUCGUUGAGCAAACGCGCGAGGAGGUGGACUGCGAUCGUAUUCAAGCAAUGCUUCUUAUCAUAAUAUCUCGGACCGCUUAUAAGUAGUCAACAGUUACACUUCUUCGGACAGCCGCAUUUCGUGCUUUGUUACUCUCGGCUCGCGAGUCGCGCCAGUACCUGAAGAUACCGAGAUCGCGAAUAUGUCUCCCUGUGAUUUCAACGAAAUUAAAGUCUUCGACGACUCGGUGGAUAAUAUGGACGUUAUUAAAACUAUAAUCGACAUGGAAAAUCAAGAAGACGGUUUCUACAUCGUGGAUAUUGGUGAUAUUAUUAACAAGCACCGCGAGUGGAUUACCAAGAUUCCGAUGGUCGCUCCGCACUACGCGGUUAAGUGCAAUCCUGAUCCGAAUGUGAUCAAGAUAUUGGCAGCUUUAAAUACUGGCUUCGACUGCGCGUCCGAGCAAGAAAUCAGGCAAGUGAUGCAGUACGGCGUGCAAGCCGACCGGAUCAUAUUCGCGAAUCCGUACAAGUGCCCGUCUCACAUCAAGUACGCCAAAAAAAUGAACGUCGACCAGAUAACCGCCGACAGCGAGCUGGAGCUUUUGAAGAUAAAGGAUCUUUAUCCCGAGGCCAAGAUAAUAAUACGCAUACGAUGCGACGCGAAAAACUCGGAUUGCGAUCUCGGACUGAAGUUCGGCUGCGAGCCGGACGAGGAUGCUGUGCGACUGAUACAGCUCACGAUGGACCUCGGGCUCACCUUGCACGGCUUCAGUUUUCACGUCGGUAGCCCGUGCGGGGAGCUAAACGCGUUCAGCAGAGGCAUCGGGAUAUGCAGACGAUUGAUCGCGAUCGCCAAAUCGAUGGGCUGCAAGGACGUGCAGCUGCUCGACAUCGGUGGCGGCUUCCCCGGUGAAAAAGGAACGGAUAUCGACAAGCUCGCCAAUAUUGUCAAUGAUGCAAUUCGAGAUCUCGAUCCCAUCAUAAGAGUUAUCAGCGAGCCUGGGAGAUAUUACGUUGACUCGGCGUUUACCUUGGCCUCGUAUUUACAUUCCAAGAGAAUCGUUCAUAAAAACGGUAAAACUAUGAGAAUGUACUACGCGAACGUCGGGACGUACAAUUCGUUUCUGGACGAAAUAGUGGGCAUAAAGUCUAGAUACCCGCAAAUUCUCUUUGAGCCGGUGAGUGAUGAGAAAUUUGUUUCGACUUUAUGGGGGCCGACUUGCGAUUCGUACGAUGUAAUUGUCAAAGAUGUAUUAAUGCCGGAACUUCACAUUGGCGAUUGGCUGGUUUGGGAGGACAUUGGCGCUUACUCUUUAUGUCUCUGUACCGAAUUCAAUGGAUUUCCAAUCCCAAAAGUCAUACCGUUUAUCAGGAGAAGUCAGUGGAAAAAUUUGAUGCUGGCCAUCAAACUGAUGCAAAGACCCACGGAAUUCAUAGAGUGGUUUAAAUCAAUGGAACAGGAACAUUACAUUGAAAAUCGCUGACAAAUAAAAUUAUUUAAAUACUAAAUUAAAAUAAAAUUAAGAUGAUAUAAGUGUUUUGCUUUCAAUUAAAUUAGAUUUUUAAUUACUUAUUAAUUAUCUCUAUAUUUUAUUACUUAUUAUCUCAAUAUUGAUCUAAUCGUUCUCGUUACAUAGAUGUGAAUAUAUUGAUAAUUGUGGAAUAAUAACAUGGAUACUGCCUAUUUUUAAUAGUAAUAAGCAAUAGUAAUGUUAAUAGUAAUAAGCAUUGAGUAAAAUAUUGCAGUCAUUUUUUCUUUAUGAUUUUAUAUUUAAUACAAAAUUGUGCAAGAUUGUUGUUGUCUUUUAUUUGUAUGUAUAAUUAUAAGCGUGAUGUCAGAUGAUGUAAUGUUGACUAUUUUUAAGUUUAUAUUACUUUAUAUUAUUUUUUUGAAAAAAGAAAAAUAUAUAUAUAAUACGUUC